CGCCGUCGCGCUUUGACGUCGCCACUGGUUCGCUUGCAGCGUGUGAAUAUGGCGAACAUAAGAAGCGUCAAGGGUAUGGUGGGUCUGGUGACUGGAGGGGCUUCUGGUUUGGGGAGAGCUACUGUGGAGAGGCUGAUCAGCCAGGGGGCCAGUGCUGUGAUCCUAGACCUGCCCAGUUCUGAUGGACACAAGUUGGCUGCUGCUCUUGGCGACUGCUGUGCAUUUGCUCCUGCUGAUGUCACAUCAGAGUCAGACGUGAGAUCAGCUGUGGAUUUGGCCAAGGAGAAGUAUGGCAAGCUGGAUUUAGCAGUGAACUGUGCUGGCAUUGCGGUGGCCGUGAAAACGUACAACUUUAAAAAAGACCUUCCCCACAGCCUGGAAGACUUCACACGUGUUAUCACUGUGAACAUUGCUGGAACAUUUAAUGUGAUCAGACUUGCUGUAGGUGAGAUGGGAAAAAAUGAGCCCGAUGCAGAUGGACACAGAGGCUGUAUCAUCAACACAGCCAGUGUUGCUGCUUUUGAUGGGCAGGUGGGCCAGGCUGCGUACUCCGCUUCUAAGGGUGGGAUUGUGGGCAUGACUCUCCCCAUUGCACGGGACCUUGCACCAAUGGGGAUCCGUGUAGUCACCAUUGCCCCAGGUCUGUUCUCCACACCACUGCUGGCAGGAUUACCCGAGAAGGUGCAAAACUUCUUGGCCCGGCAGGUGCCAUUCCCCUCACGUUUGGGAGAUCCUGCUGAGUAUGCACAUCUUGUGACUGCAAUAGCAGAAAACCCCAUGAUAAACGGCGAGGUGAUUCGCUUGGACGGAGCCAUCCGCAUGCAACCUUGAAGGAUGAACUGGGAAAAAGGGAACAUAGUGUAGAGACUUGAAGUGUGUCUUUUGGUAACCUUGGAGUAUUAAGCAUUUUCUGUAUAAUGCUGAAAAAAUGCCUGAAUGCUUUGUAUCAGAAAGAAAGUGCUUCCGCUCUGAGUGCUUUUUGUUUGUUAAACCACUGGAAGUUAUGUACUGACCCUUAUGUUCCUCUGAGGUACUGUAGUCGAAUGACAGUUCAUUUAGAUGUAGAUUAAACAUGUCCCCAUAAUUAUGGCUUGAAUAUAUAGAUCAGGUCUUUAGACUUGAUAUAUGUCUGUGAGAAAUCUGAAGUGUUUUGAUAUUAAACAGACUUCUAAUAAUUUAUGUUGAGUGGUUCUGUAUCUAUUUUACACAAAAGACAAGCCAUUCAAUAAAGUAUGUAAAGCACAACAGGAUGAGUUAUAUAUAUUUUUUUUCAGUUGUAGACAAGCUCAGGAAUCAUUGUAGCAGACUGAAAAUAAAACUCCAGGCAAGGUGGUAAAUAAGAAAUGAUUUGCCACCACAUUGUAAACUUUCGCUUUCAAAUUGUAUGAUUCAUACUCAAACAUUCUGUUCCCUUUUUCUCUUACUGUUAAAGAAGCAUUUUCUGAGCAGUGUUUAGUAAUAUUUCUGGUUACGUACAACCAAUACCCAUUAUUAUUAUUAAUGAGUAAACUAAAUUCUAACUUUGAGCCAUUUUGUUUAACUUGAAACUAGUCAAUAGGUUGGCCAAUAGAUGGCAGAAUUUAGCUUGUUUUUUAGGGACAUUUCACAAAUAGCCUUGUGAUUGUAGUAUAUUAUGCAUUAAAUGAGAUUAUGACU